AUGGGACAAAUUCUCACGAAAUCUCCAAUGGUUCUUAACCUCGACAACGACCCAAAUUCUAAAGCAAAACACUCUCGAUGCUUGUAUGCAUUUGGGUGUAACUCAGAAAAUCAAUGUGGGAGUAAUCAAGGCUAUAUAUUCCGAGAAAAAAUCGUUUUGCAAGCAUCUGCAGGAUCAUCUCAUAAUUUGGUAAUCCUUAAAGGAGGACAGCUGGCUGCAUGGGGUUCUAACCAAUAUGGACAAGCAGGCACCCAGGGCUUAGGCUGGGUUGAAUCUUGAAUAUAUAAUCCUCCAUCUAUAUUUCCAGUAAUUUUUGAACGCCAAUUCAGCAAAGUUCAAGUUACUCAGAUUUCAGCUGGUCACUGGCAUUCUACUUGCAUUUCUGAUAUUGGACUUCUUUUUACAUGGGGAUUAGGGACAAGUGGCCAGCUUGGAUAUCCUCCUGUUGGAGAUGAUUUUAUGAAAGUUGAAAGAGGAAAGGAAAGAUAUGUCCUAUAUCCUAAACUUGUAGAAAGCUUGGGCAGUAUUCCUAUGAGCCACGUGGCAUGCGGAGGAACUUUUACUGUUGCUGUUUCGCAAAUGGGACAAGUUUAUAUGAAUUUUUAUAAAAAUUUGUAAUAAUUUGAAAUAAAAAACCAAUUAAGAUAUUUAAUGUAAAUAGCAUACUUUUGGAAGAUGAAGAUAUGGAGUCUUAGGCAAUGGAGAACAAGAAAAUCGUGCUGAGCCGAAAAUUGUGGAAUCAUUAGCAAGUGUAAGAGUUGAAAAAGUUGCAUGUGGGCUAAAUCAUGUAUUAGCACUUACAGGAUCAGGAAAAGUAUAUCAGUGGGGAAAUCAAAGCACAAAUGACGAUAUUGCUGAUAUAGAAAUCCCAGAAUUAUUGACAAAUAUUGAUGGAGCUACUCAUAUCUCCUGUGGCGAGCAUCAUAGUGCCGUAUUAUGCAGCCACAAUCAGAAUAAUUUAUAUACGUGGGGUUUGAAUAAUUAUGGGCAGUUAGGCCAUGAAACUUCAACAAGAUUUUCUGCGGUUCCGGAUAAGGUUGAAAUAGCAAGUAAAAUUUCAACAAUAGGAUGUGGAGGAUUUUUUACAGUAGCUUUAUUGAAAUCUGGAGACCUUUUAGGGUGGGGGAAUAAUAAAUAUGGACAAUUAAGAAUAAACCAAUUUGAAUGCUCAAAACCUACAUUAAUUUUGAAAGGAAGCUUGCAAAAAGUGUCUGAUGUUGUAUGUGGGCAUGGACAUAUACUGGUUUUGUAUAGAAAAGAUGUAGAUUUUGAAGCUGACUCCCCCCCCCUUUUAAAUUGAAACAAAAUAUAGGUAAAAUUCCUACUUUUUUGGGAAAUUACCCCCCCUUUAAAUUGAAACAAAAUUUUAUUAUAAUAGAAAAUUUUAUAGGGUAAAAAUCAUUAUUUUAUAUGUAAAUACGUUAAUACCCUAUUUAAUAUGCUUCAAACAUAUAAGAUUUAGAAAUUAAACUCUAUUUUGUCCAAUUGUUAUAGGAGAGUUAGAAGAAUACCAUUUCAGCAAGUUUACACUUUGAGAUUGAGAAAUUUAUGAAUUAAUUUUUCAUGAAAUUAUAAAAUUUUAUCUCUGAAAAAAAAUUUUUAUAUAUAAAUUUUUUUAUAAAAAAAUUUUCUUAACCCCCCUUUAAAUUGAAACAAAAUUUUUUGUUUCAAUUUAAAGGGGGGGGGAGUGAGCAAAGUCUUGCAAGGUCUGCUCGACAGGAAGAUUAUUCAUCUGCUAAUUUUAUUUAG